CACCAGUGAGCAUGAGAAGAGAAAAGGGGUCCCGAAUUAGCGGCGCGCCGGUGCCGGUGCUGCGAUUAUAAAUCCAACGGCCAUGUCCCGGUCUGAUAAACAUUUAAGCUUAGCAUUGCAUUUCCACUCCUGUUUUGUUUUGCGGUUUCUCCUUACAAAUCGUUGACAACGGCAAUUGACAGCAAUAAUGGCGCAGAAAGACUACAAGUUCGAAGGAUGGAUGGGUCUCGACAAGGACUCUGUUGACGGGAAAAUGGUCUGGCAGGAGUUUGAGCCCAAGCCUUGGGAGGAGACCGAUGUUGAUAUCAAGGUUGAGUGCUGUGGUAUUUGCGGUACGGACCUGCACACUUUGCGGUCUGGAUGGAAACCCACCAUGUACCCCUGCUGCGUCGGCCACGAAAUUGUCGGCAUUGCCGCACGCGUAGGCUCCUCCGUCACCAACGGCAUCAAAGUAGGCGACCGUGUCGGCGUCGGCGCGCAAAGUGAAUCCUGCCUAGGCCGUCUAGGUGACUGCCCCGACUGCGCCAUGGGCCUGGAACAAUACUGCACCCACAAGUUCGUCGGUACCUACAACAGCACUUUUAUCAACGGUGGCAAGUCCUACGGCGGCUAUGCGUUGUACAACCGUGUGCCUGCGCACUUUGCCGUCAAGAUUCCUGACAGCAUCCCACCGUCUCAUGCCGCACCCAUGAUGUGUGGCGGUGUUACUGUGUACAGCCCGUUGAAGCAUGGUGGUUGUGGACCAGGUAAGAGGGUUGGUAUUAUUGGUGUUGGGGGGCUGGGACACUUCGGGCUGCUUUUUGCGAAGGCUAUGGGUGCGGAUCAGGUUGUUGCUAUUUCGAGGAAGACUGAUAAAGCGGAUGAUUCAUUGAAGAUGGGUGCGGAUGUUUAUAUUGGAACUGAUGAUGAACCGGACUGGGCGACUAAAUAUGCUCGUUCGUUGGACUUGAUUGUUUGUACUGUUUCUUCUUCGAAGAUGCCCCUGAACGACUAUAUCGGCCUCCUCCGAACCGACGGUAGCCUAGUCCAGGUCGGUCUCCCUGACGAUGGCGUGCUGAACGCCCCUAUCCCCAGACUUAUGCGUCGUCUGACCGUUGGUGCUUCUCUGAUUGGAAGCCCUGGUGAGAUUAGGGAGAUGCUGGAGCUUGUCGCUGAGAAGAACGUCAAGCCCUGGAUUGAAGAGAUUCCGAUGAAGGAUGCUAACCGGGGCUUGGUGGAUAUGGAGGCUGGCAAGGCUCGUUAUCGUUAUGUACUGGUUAACGAGCAGUAAGGGGAUGUCCCCUUUACUGUACUGUACUGUACUGUACUAUAAAGUUGUAAAUAGUCAUAAUAGAGAAUAUAUGUGUAUGGAUGAAGAGGGGCCAGCGUUCCUGAACGUAUGUGUCUUUCAUGGCAUUGGGGGUCACCAUUCGUCAUCA